AGUGGCACCUGCCAGAUCGAUGCCUCCGUCAGUUUGGUCGGGAGCAAUGCAUUCCUUUGGAGGUCCCCAAGAGUCAAAGAGCGUUUUACCACCGAGAUGGUCGGCAAGGUACUCACGAUUGGCCCAAGAAGUUCGAGAAAUUCAUCUAGGUGUGGGAGAACCGACAAUCCUAGGAGAUUGUCACUCCAACAAAUGUGGGUCGAAUGGGGUAUCAUGACCCAUACAUGGAUAGAUAUCGGCAAACCUCUGUUAGGUACGUUACUCCCAAUGGUGCGGCCGAUGGGGCAUUGGCUGAUGGGGUCGAGCGAAUCAAAGAUUUGACCCACGGGAAACAAGAACUAGUCAGUGAAGAAGUGGGCUUGCUCAAGAGGAUGACAAACAGUCUGCUUGGGUGUAUUAGAGCACGGGGUCGUGAUCAUCGUAGGUAC